ACUAUGUUGUAUAAUUGAUACUUUCCAUUUUUAAAAUAUAUCUACGCGUUAAAACACAAUAUCCAAGAAUAUUAUUCAAACACCACACUAUAAUUAUUGUCUAGAAUAUGAUAAGAUAAAGACUUUGACGACACGUAGGGCCCUCCUAAAAUGUGGAUCAGUAUGCCACGUUACUUUCCAAAAGAAGAAAAAACCAGAAGAACCAAUGCCACGUUGCACUUCCUACAGAAACGAAGGCGCCGCUGGAAAUAAGCCAAAACAGAAGCGGUCAUAUACCACUAGAGAGCAGUGGUUUUUUUAUUUUCUCUAUAGAACUACAGUUGCGCAAGUUGAAUUAUUUUUCCAUUUUGUCCAAUCCAGAAGUGGUUUUCUCUCCACACACCCACGGACACACAGAAUUAACGUUUGGGUUCCAAUCCGAGAAACAACCCUUGGAUGGAAAAUGGUUUUAUCGUACAUUGAAUUUCAACUUUCUUGUUCAUCACAAAAAAAUAAUAAUUAUUCUCCACUUUCUGUAGCGGUUGUCAAAAUCACAAUAUAAAUAGUGCCUUCACAUUCUCACUUUCCCACAUCCAAAAACAAAUACUUUUGAUCGUAAAUUAACAGAUAAACAUCACAAAGUUCUGAUACAAUGUCUACAGCUGGUCAGGUUAUCAAGUGCAGAGCUGCGGUAGCAUGGGAAGCGGGGAAGCCACUAUCAAUUGAGGAAGUGGAGGUGGCACCACCACAGAAAGAAGAAGUCCGCUUGAAGAUCCUCUUCACCUCUCUUUGCCACACUGAUGUCUACUUCUGGGAAGCCAAAGGACAACACCCACUGUUCCCUCGCAUUUACGGUCAUGAAGCUGGAGGAAUUGUAGAAAGCGUAGGUGAGGGUGUGACUGAUCUCCAACCAGGAGACCAUGUCCUUCCGGUGUUCACGGGGGAGUGCAAGGAGUGCAGGCACUGUAAGUCAGAGGAAAGCAACAUGUGUGAUCUCCUGAGGAUCAACACUGACAGGGGUACUAUGCUCAGUGAUGGCAAGUCCAGGUUCUCCAAGGAUGGAAAGCCAAUAUAUCACUUUCUUGGUACCUCUACCUUCAGUGAAUACACUGUAUGUCAUGUUGGUUCCGUCGCCAAGAUCAACCCUGCAGCUCCUCUUGAAAAAGUUUGUGUUCUUAGUUGUGGAAUAUGCACAGGUUUUGGUGCCACUGUUAAUGUUGCAAAACCCAAAAAGGGCUCAUCUGUUGCCAUUUUUGGACUGGGUGCUGUUGGCCUUGCGGCUGCUGAAGGUGCAAGGGUUUCUGGGGCUGCAAGAAUCAUUGGAGUUGAUUUGAAUCCCAACCGAUUUGAGGAAGCCAAGAAGUUUGGCGUGAAUGAAUUCGUGAAUCCAAAAGAUCAUAACAAACCUGUGCAAGAGGUGAUUGCUGAAAUGACCGAUGGGGGAGUGGAUAGGAGUGUUGAAUGCACUGGAAGCGUCCAGGCGAUGAUUUCUGCAUUUGAAUGUGUUCAUGAUGGUUGGGGCGUUGCUGUACUCGUUGGUGUGCCUAGUAAAGAUGAUGCAUUCAAAACCCAUCCAGUGAAUUUCUUGAAUGAGAGGACUCUUAAGGGCACCUUCUAUGGUAACUACAAGCCCAAAUCCGAUCUGCCCGGUGUUGUGGAGAUGUACAUGAAUAAGGAGCUGGAAGUGGAUAAAUUUAUCACUCACUCGGUCCCUUUCGCUGAGAUCAACAAAGCAUUUGAUUUGAUGCUUUCAGGACAGUCCAUCCGGUGCAUCAUUCGCAUGGAGGAUUAGAGCAACUCGGGACUUGUUACGUGUUAAUGGGGAGAAUUUAUAUAUCUAUCUGAUGUCUUAACUGAAAGAGAGUGAGACUCCCCUACAGGAGUCGAACCUAAUAAAGGAGUAGUCUUUUCUUAGUAUUUGUUGUUUUGUUUCCUUUUAUUGUUUUGUUUCCUUUUGUUGUUUGUACGGUACCCCUAAAAGAACUAGUAAACUUAUUCCUUUAUGAAGAAUAAGCAGAAUGAGAGUGAGACUUCCUCUAUAGGAGUCUAAUGAUACUUCAGUAGGGGUACAAAUACUAUGAAAGCAAGUAAGAACUAAGGAGUAAUUCCCCCCAGGGGGAUUUAGGGGGGAAACGUUCCUUAAGAAUAAUUGUGUUGGUGUGGAUUGUACAAAUUUUGAGAGGAGCUACUCAAGAUUUCCCAAAUUUUGAUAUAAUGGUUUUUAUGAUAAAUAACAUUUUCUGCAUAUUUUCUUUA